AUGGCCAGAUCAGCUCGUAGCACGCACUCGGGGAAACCAUUACCGUCGUCUCACAAAGCGAAUGCCGCAGGAUAUGCGAAACGCCAUGCUCGGAAGGACAAGGGCACAGCAGGUCUUUCCGACGUAUACGACUAUCAAUCGCAGAAAGUCAGGAGACAGAAUGUAUCUCUGACUUUAGACAGGGACGAGGCGGCUGAAUUUGACCACGGAUCGGACGACGAAGUCGAUCGCGAGGCGUUGAAAGCGAGGCUUAUAGGGGAGAACCAGGACGACGAGAAAAUUGACCCGGACGACGACGAGGAGCUGGAUAGUGACGCGGCAUUCGAGGAGAGCGACGAGGAGCGGUUUGCUGGAUUUUCGUUCGGUUCAAAGGUCAGCACUACAUCUACUUCCAGUCUCUGGGCUCAUCAAAAGAAGAAGGUGAAGAAACAGGAGAAGCCAAAGGGAGUGCGAUUUGUGGACGUGGAUCUCAAUGAGGAUGGGAGCGACAUGGAAGACGAUCACAUCUCGGAACACAAUGACGACUCGGAGGAGGAAGAAGAAGAAGAGGGCGAUCCGGACGAAUUCAUAGAUAUCCUAGACGUCUUGGAUGGUCGAGGAGAGCUUGAUUUGGGAGAUGAGAAGGAGGAGAUGGAGACACUCGAGGGCGCAGAACGUAACGAGGAUGAGGAUGAGGAUGAGGCCUCAGAUGAAGAUGAAGGCGAAGGUGAAGAUGAAGAGGACGGAGAGGAGGGUUCGGACGAAGAAGGUUCUGCGCUCUCAGCAGAUGAAGAGGAUGCCCCAGAAGCUUUGGAGGGCCUCGGUACCUUCAUCUCCGGCUUGGACACCGGGAAGAAGAGAAAGGCCGACGAGGCUGAAGCUUCUGGGGAUCCCGCUCGUCGAAAACGCAGGAUCAUACAGGAGCGCACAGAGGCGGGCGCAGAAAAUGAAUUCGCGGCAAAAGUUUCAGGCUCGAACAGGCUGAGUCUGGACGACCUGCUCACGCCUUUGACGUCGCAGUCCUCGAACAUUUUGGAUCUGAAGAAGUCUGUCAAGUUGCUGACUUCGUCAAAAUCGGCCGUCAAACUUUCUGCGCCCCUACCACAGCGCACGCAGGAUCGUUUAGAUCGUCAGGCCGCGUACGAGCAGACGAAGGAAGAAGUAGACAAAUGGAAGGAGACAAUGAAGCGCAUCAAGGAGGCCGAGCAUCUAUCCUUCCCAUUACAAGCCCAACCUUCUGGCAAAACUUCGAACCUCGAGCUCGCCGCUAAAUUCAAGCCAACGACAGAGCUGGAGAGCGCCGUGGACAAGCUCCUCAAGCAGGCCAAAAUGCGGGAAGAGGACCUGCCGCAGACGGAACAGCUCAAGAUGAACCACCUCUCCGCGGAAGAAGUCGCCGCGCGUCGCGCGGAGGUGCGCAAGGUGCGCGAGCUGAUGUUCCGUGCCGAGGCGAAAGCGAAGCGCGUCGCGAAGAUCAAGAGCAAAACGUACCGUCGGAUCAAGAAGAAGGAGCGUGCAAAGCUGUCGGCGAAGAUCGACGGGGAGGUCGACGAGGAUGACGAGGAAGUGCGGACGAAGCGGGAGGCGCAGCGGGCGAUGGAGCGGGCGACACUGAGGCAUAAAAACACUGGCCAGUGGGCCAAGGCGAUGAGAGGGCGUGGUGAGCUGGACGAGGAUCAAAGGAGAGAGAUCAACGAGAUGCUGGACCGGGGGGAGCAGCUCAGACGGCGGAUCAGGGGAGAGAAGGACAGCGACGGCUCGAGUGGGGACGACGAAAGCGAUCAAGACGAGGAUAUCGGGAUCGAGGGCCUGAAGGCGCGCGCGUUCGACGAGCUCGCUCAGCUGAAAGGCGCCGGCCCAGAAUUGGAAAACAGCGGCAACGGGAAGAGCGUCUUCGACAUGAAGUUCAUGCGAGACGCCGCCGCGCGCGAACAGCGGGAGGUGGACAAGGACGUCGACGACUUUCUGAAGGAGCUCGGCGGGGACGAGACCGAGGCGGGCGAGAUGGCCACCACGGACGGCACCCUCGUUUCGCGCACUGGCGGUCGGCUCUCGUUUAGGCCCGGCACUCAGCGACUUUGCCCGCAGACCAUCCGGCCCAUCGGUUCACUCGCCUCCGAUACGUCGAGCGUGACCCUCAAAUCCACCGAUCUGCCUCCGUUCGCCGAUCCCCACUCGCCACUGUCCCCCACCAUCUCCAUCACCACGAACCCAAAUCCGCCGUCCAAUCCAUGGCUGGUCCCGCGCGACGACGCCCCGAGCAGGACCGCGCCGAAGAAGAACGAGCUGCUCGUCGGCAAGGACAGCAAGGCGGCCGACAAGUCCAAGAGCAAGCUGCGCAAGCGGCAGAAGAACCGCGAGGACGAGAAGGAGAAGGCCAAAGACGACGCCGUCGUCGAGAUCUCGCUCGACGACGUCCUCGCGGGCGCCGACGCCGACGCCGCCGGGCCCUCUGCCGCGCCCGCCAAGGUCGCAGAAGCGCAGGCAAAGGGCGAGUCUGCCAGGGCGAGGGCGAAGGCGACGAACGGCGCGUCUUCCGCUGCGGCCGAGGACGACUCGGACGCGAACAGCGAGGUGGAGGAGCAGGAGCGCGCUCUGGACCGCAAAGGCAAGGGCAAGGCCCCCGCGAGCGGCGUCAAGGCGUUCCAGCAGCGGGACCUCGUCGCGCUCGCGUUCGCGGGCGACAACGUCGUCCAGGAGUUCGCAGAGAUGAAGCGCCGCGAGAUCCAGGCGGACGCGCCCAAGACCGUCGACACGACGCUCCCCGGCUGGGGCGCCUGGGGCGGCCACGGCGCCCGCAAGCGCGCGCCGCACGCGCACCAGCUCAAGCGGCUCGCGGGCGUCGCGCCCGCCGCGCGCGCGGACCACGGCAAGGCGCACGUCGUCAUCUCGGAGCGGCGCGACAAGAAGGCGGCCAAGUACGCGGUGCGGGACCUGCCGUACCCGUACACGAGCGCGGCGCAGUACGCGCGCAGCCUCGAGACGCCGCUCGGCGUCGAGUGGAACACGCGCGCCGGGUUCCAGCGCGCGACCGUGCCGAGGAUCACGAAAAAGAUGGGAACGGUCAUCAACCCGCUCGAGAAGCUCUACUGA